UGACAAGAUAAAGAAGCAUUGAGGCUGUGUGUGUAUAUAUAUAGAUCUACUGUAUAUAGACAGCUGAGGCUGACUGAUGUUAUUCAUUCCUGUGACCUGCAGUCUCAGCACUUGUCCUGGCCAACAGAUCCCCUUGGUUCUGAAACUCAAAGCGGAGAAAAGAAGUUAACAUAACAUGGCUGGCUCUCUUAAGAUCAAAUGGAUUUCCUUCUGUCUAAUAUCUGAGCUGCUGGGAGUACAGCAGGUGUUCAGCCAACAUGUUGGGAUGAGCAGCCAAUCCUUUGACGACCAGUAUGAAGGAUGUACAAAAGAAAUGGAUAACUUGGUCUUAGGCACCUUGCUGGAAGAAGAACUAAGCAAUGAUGAAAACUUUAGAAUUGUGUGGAAUAAUGCAACAUUAAGAUGGAAACAUGAGAGACUCAGAGUGCCCAGGGGCUUUCGAGAUGAGUAUGGCAUUGCGGUUAUGAUGUAUACUAAUAUGAUGAGCCCUGUGUAUUCAGCAUUCAAUAGAGCAGUAAGAGAAUUCAAUCCUUCCAACUUCAGAUACUUUUCCCUUCACUAUUUACUCACAAGAGCUGUCAAUUUAUUAAAAUUGAAUUGCCCUUCUCAACCUGUGACACUCCGACGAGGUAUGAAAGGCGUUCAUUUGUCUCCUGGUGACACCGAAAAUAUGAGGCUGGGGCAGUUUACCUCUACAACUACUGAUCCUGAAGUGGCUAAAUCUUUUGGUACUGACACUGUGUUCACCGUAACCAGCCAUUUUGGCGUUAACAUUAGAAGGUUCUCUUAUUUCCCGGAACAAAAGGAGGUGCUGGUUCCUGUGGACGAGGUGUUUCAUAUAAAAAACUUUACAAUACACGGUCACUCUCACCGAUUUAUCAUUGAAACCACAGAAGCACGAUGCCAUUACUACAACUGUUAUUAUCUAAGAGGUACCAAGUCCUCAAACUGUGAGAAAAGUGCAGAUACAAAAGUUGUAAAGGCAUCUUUGGCUAAUUUACUCAACUGCUUGGAUUCACCAACACAAAUCAUCAGCGCAAAACUUUUAAAGAAACUGAAACAAAUCUACAGACAUGUCUAGGGAUAUCAUCAAUAUAACGACACACAAGGCUCCUUCACUACUAUAGAGUUAUAGCAAAUAUAAAAUAUAUAUUAUCACUAAUAAAUCUGAUCACUUUUUUAUUUUUUCUUCAUUUUAAUUAUGUAUUUGGUGUUGAGUUAUUGUUUUAUCUAAAUAGGUUAUUGUUUACCUACAUAAAGGGAGACUUUUCAGAAUUGUUAAGUGUUAUUUUAUCCUGGUUUGUUAAAGGGCUUUCUUACCCUCAUAUCUACAUGAUGUGUACAACAAAUAAAGUAAGAUUAUAUCA